ACUUCAUGUGUUCGGAAUGUGACAAGGUAUUCCCCCUGCAGUGCAUGUUCACGCGCCACCUCAAGUGCCACAGCAUGGUGAAGAGACACCCCUGCUGCUACUGUGGCAAGGGCUUCAACGACACCUUCGACCUAAAGAGGCACAUGCGCACUCACACAGGUAUCCGUCCGUACCGCUGCGAGCUGUGCGACAAGGCCUUCACACAGCGCUGCUCCCUCGAGUCCCACCUGAGGAAGAUCCAUGGCGUUUUCCAGCAGUAUGCCUACCGCCAGCGUCGCUCCAAGAUCUUCGUGUGCGAGGACUGCGGCUACACGUCCAACCAGCCCGACCAGUACUUCCUCCACAUGUGCCAGUGCCACCCGGGCAGCCAAGCCCUGCGCCGCUACUACCGCCACCAGGCACAUGAGGGCGCCAACAACAUGCCCUCUCAACACAAACCCAGCCCCUUCUUUAUAUAUACUACGGCUGGGUAUUAUAUGGGUUGAUUAAUGCUCCGGAGUGAAGUUUCACCUAGGUACAGAUAUAGGAUCAGCUUCCCAUUCCCCAACCCGAACAUUAACCAUUAGUAGGGAAGAUGCAAAAUUUAGAUUAGCGUCUACAGGCAACUUUACUUGUUUCUGCCUUAACAAAGGAAUUGGCUAUCUUGCCACAAAGUAGAGACAGUCUAGCACCAAGGCUAAAUGCGUCACAAGCAUUUCGCUACACCCGCAAUAACAUCCACUAC